AUGAAUAGACCAAGUUCAUCCAAGGAGUCUUCCAGCACAAGCGUUGCCGGUCCGAGUUCUACUACUACUGGUACACCGUCAAAGGAUAGACGCAAGAAAGAUCAACGUCAAACCAGAAGUGGAAGAAAAGUUGCGGAUUACAACGAAUCAACUUCUGAAUAUUCAGAAGAGGAAGAGGAUGAAGAGGGAGCAGGUGAUUAUAGCAUUAAAACCGCUUCUUCAUCGGUAGCUCGAGGAAAGAGGCCUAUAAGUGCUCGUUAUCAACAGCAUAACGUCAAACGAAACUCUGAAAUUAACGAACACGAUUCAUGUUUAACGUCCGAGAUGUCGAUUGAUAGCGAACAAGAAGAAUCUCACAAACAUAAACUAGAAUUUUCGAUAUUUACAAAGAAAUUCCUUUCUUAUGACAAAGGGAAACGCGAGCAUCAGAAAAAAUUAGAACAAGAAAAUAAAACAACUGCUCGUGAAAUUGAAGAAUUACGAUCGAAAACUAAAGCCAUCAAAUCCAACGAUGAAAAGGUCGUCCAAGAGUGUAGUGAACUUGAUUCUGCGAAUACCGAACUUGUGGACUCCAUUGAAAAGAUUAAGUACGCAUUGAUCCAAUUAGAAAGAGAGAUAGGGCCUACCGUGAGAUCUUCAGGGGUGCGACUAAAUGACACCGAUAAUAUGGUCGCCUACAUUCAAGAUUUUCAGAAGAGGAUUGUUAGUGGAUGCCUCUUGCAACCUUAG